UCGUCAAGGUCUCAAAAUAAAUGUUUUUGUUGUUGAAUAAUUAAUAGAAUUUGAUAACUUGAAUUUUCGAUAUUAACAGGAUAUUUAAUUAGUUGUCCUACAAUGACGUCCGCGUCGUCUAGCAGUGCGCGUUCCUUAUUCGCUGAAUCAAAACAGCGGUUGGCUGAGAGAGUUCAAGUAAACAUGAAUAAUAUAUCUUCGCUAACUCGACAAAUACAGCGGGGCUCUAAAUCUAAUGAGCUUCUCUCAAAAGCAGCGAGGGAAUUUGCCUCAAUGGAGAAUCAGAUGGAGAACAGUGAAGAGCAUUUGAAGAAGAUGCAGCUUAUAGCCGUGCACAUGGGCUACCAGUUUGAGAACAUUCACAAAUCUGCACAAAUGCUCACCAACAUAAAUGAGCAAGUCUGCUCUAUGCAGAGAUGAUAUAUAUGUGGUGAUAUUUAGGUCUUAAAUUAUAGGUUUUAAAUCAUGCUAUGAAGAUUUAAGAGUAAGGUUUGAGUUGGGGCACUCGAACUUCUCACACCUACAAAAAUUCUUACACUAUGUUAUGCUAGUGGUGACCUGUAGCAUACGGCGGCAAACGCAAUAGUUUUAACGAAUUUUUGUUAUCCUUUUUAUGGAUUUUUUUAUCACAUGUUAAAUUUCUGUUUUAUUUAAUAUAAUAGCUACAAUCAUAAUAAAAUAUAUAACAUAGUCAAAUACAAUACCUACACUAAAAUACGUCAAAAC